AUGGAGUUAUGUACAGGAAAAGAAUUAUAUGAAAGAUUAUUACAAAAAAGAAAAUAUAACGAAAAAGAUGCAGCAAAAAUUGUAUGGCAAAUGCUUGCUGCUGUUAAUCAUUGCCAUCAACAUAAUAUUUGCCAUAGAGAUAUCAAGCUGGAGAAUUGGGUUUAUUUAGAUGAAAGAGAAGAUGCCCCUCUCAAGCUUAUAGACUUUGGCUUUAGUUGUUUAUUUUCUGGUGGUAAUUCAAUGAGGGCAAUGAAGGGAACUAUUUAUUAUGUUGCUCCUGAGGUCCUUGAUGGUCAAUAUAAUCAACUCUGUGAUGUAUGGAGUAUAGGUGUAAUAGUAUAUAUGUUAUUAUCAGGAACUCCUCCUUUUUCUGGUAAAACAGACUUAGAAAUAAUAUUAAAAAUAAAAAGAUGUGAAUUUAAUUUUGAUGGAAAAAUAUGGAAAAGUGUUUCCCCUCUUGCUAAAGAUUUUAUUUCUUCUCUACUCAGGAGAAACCCUGAGGAUAGAUUAACAGCAGCAGCAGCAUUAGAGCAUCCAUGGCUAGCAGUAGAGGAUGGAUCAAUACAAAGACAAACAAUUGAUAUUGAAGUCCUAAAAAGCAUGAGAAGAUUUGCUGCAUGCACUGCUAUUCAAAGAGCUGCACUCGGUUAG